UCUGAAGUCUAAGGUCUGUGUUGCCUGUCUGUAAAAUCGCAGAAAACCACAGACAGCAGAGGAGCGCGACCUGGAAUGUGUGUGUGCUAAAUAAUGACUGACUGAGAUUUUUUUGGUCUUCCAAUGCAGAACUCUGCAUGGAAGAAACACAGAAGUUGUGGGACUUCAUAUCUCCUUCCUAUGACUCCCAAGAACCCUCAGCAGUGGCUGCAAGUGGUCGGACAUGCAGGGAGCUUUCGUGUUGGGGACCGCGGUACACUGCUGAAGAGGUUUUGUGAGGGGGAGCGACAAUGCUACCUCAGGCUGAUGGAGGACGGUCUGAGGCCCUUUGUUCCAGCCUACCACGGUGUGGUGCGGCAGGACGAGCAGGAUUACAACGUGAUGGAUAACUUGCUGACCAAUUUCAGCACACCUGCUGUCAUGGACUGCAAGAUGGGCAGUCGCACAUACCUCGAGGAGGAGCUGCUGAUGGCCCUGGAACGACCCCAGCCUCGCAGCGACAUGUAUGAGAAGAUGGUGGCUGUGGACCCAGAGGCCCCAACAGUCCAGGAACGAGCCCAGCAGGCAGUGCUGAAAACCAGAUACAUGCAGUGGAGGGAGACGCUGAGCUCCACAGCAACUCUGGGUUUCCGUAUCGAAGGAUUCAGGAAGGCAAAUGAAGAAUGUCACACAAAUUUUAAAAGGACCAAAAGCAAAGAUCAAGUGAUGCAGGCACUUGACAACUUUGUUGAAUCCAGUCCACACAUUGUGUGGGGCUAUCUGAAAAGGCUGAAACAAUUACGGCAGGCCUUGGAGGCAUCAGACUUCUUCAGAACACAUGAGGUUGUGGGAAGCUCCUUACUGUUUGUGCACGACUGGACAGGCAGAACAGGAGUCUGGAUGAUUGACUUUGGAAAGACUGUGGCAUUGCCGUCACAUGUCACCUUGGACCACCGCACUCCCUGGGUAGAGGGCAAUCGAGAAGAUGGCUACCUCUGGGGUCUGGACAACCUGAUCGAUAUACUGGCAAACAUGCUGCCACCGACCUGAACGCCACUCUAAACGUGUGGAAAUUUACUCUCGAUCCUACCUUCACUGGCGUGAGUGAAUGACUGCAGGUGUGCUGGCUUCUGAAAGGGUUGUGUUGAAUUAUGGGAAUGAACUCUAACUCUUGAAAAAUACAGUAUGAGGGCGUUAAAAAAUGGAGGCUGCGGUUGAAUACAAAAACUCCACUCCUCUUAUCAAAUAAAUUCUUUCCAGAUCAUAUUUCUUUUGAGUGAAAAUGAAGGUAGUUUUACCCUGCAAGAACCAAACACAAUCUCACCAAACCUUACUGUUUUGAGAUGACCUGCUCAUUAUUUCAGGAAACACAUGGCACCAGCAAUUAUAAGACAAAGACAUGAUUGUUUCCUCUGAUAAGCUGUGUCAUUAAAAUGGUGCUAAAACUUU